AUGAUUAUAAGGAAGAGAGAUGCCACGAUUGAUGUGGCCAGUUUAUUCAAAGACGUGGAAGUCAAGGUGCCACUCCUGACGGCAUUGAAGAUGCCCCCUAUCAGUAAAUUUGUCAAAGACUACCUGGCAGGAAGGGUCAUUGAAGAAGGAAGGAUGGUUACAGAGGAAAAUGUCUCUGCAGUGAUCCAGCGGAGUGACCUCCCAUCAAAGAAGACCGAUCCAGGGAUGUUCACACUCCCAAUCUCAAUUGGAGACAUUCAAGUGGAACACCCAAUGUGCGAUCUAGGGGCGUCUAUCAAUGUGCUGUCGUAUUCUAUAUACAAGAAGCUUGGAGAGCCUAAUCUUGUCGACACCGACAUCAUGAUACAGCUAGCCGACAGGUCUUGCAUUCACCCCUAG